AUGAACAGCGAGGAGACGGCGUCGACUGAUUCGCAACCUGCGGUCCCACUUAUCGGACUCGAUACGAAUAACAAGGCAGGGCAAAAUCGGACACUGGGUCAAGCACGGAUUAGACUUUUUCCAGGUUGGUUCUGUGGCUCUUCCGUUGACCGUUCGUCUGACAGAAUAUGGGUUCAGGAAAAUCCUGACAAGCCAUUGACCCUGCACACUUCCCCAGCCAAUGUAGCACAAUCUACCAUCCCUCGGUUGAUUUCAGUCGUGGAGAUCCUGAAGCGCGAAUACCUGAAAACCUGGGAUGUUUCUGCAGGACAGCUGACGGGGCUGCAUCAGUACAAUGAACUACAAUGGGAGCAACGUGGCGAGAUCGCUGCAGAAGGAGAAGAACGAGCAAGCACCAUAGCAAGAGCUUUGGAAGGUAAAAAAUACCCCAAGCUCACACUUGCGCCUUAUAUGAAAGUCACGCUGUGCAGGAAGGCUCUUCCAGGAAUGCAUGAGAAGAAAGACGUGACAUACCAGACACCACAGACACGACGACUGUCCAAGACUACAAAGGCGAGAUUGAAGAAAAAAGCAAAGCAGCAGAUGCCUUAG